GCAUUUGAAACACACACACUGAUUUGCAGAUCAAAACCUUAAAUGUUACACUUUAACAAAACACCUCAACCCAUCGUCACUUUCAUCUUACAAACCCUAAACACCAAACUGUUAACCUUAAAACAACUCCAACAAAUCCAUGCCCAAAUCCUCUCAAACACUACUCUCAUUUCCACCCCCCUCAUCACCACAUUCUUACAUUCAUGUCACCGUUCUCGUAACCUUAAUUACGCCUCACAUUUCCUAUACAACCUCCCACAAUCCUGCUCAAAACCCUCAUUCUGGAAUCCCAUGAUAAAAACAUCUUUAAAUUCUAACAACCCACAAAAUUUCUUCACUUGUUACAAUGCCAUGAUGCGUUGUAAUGUGAACAUAUUCAAUGCCGGCUUUUUUGCUUCGAUUUUGAAAUUUGGCGCCAAAAUUGGGGAUACCCAGUUUGGGGAAAUGUUUCAUUGUGUUGUGGUUAAGAUGGGUUUUAAUUCUGAUGUGGUUUUGGAAACUGGGUUGCUUGAUUUUUAUGCCAAGAUUGGAGAUUUGAGUUGUGCACGGAAGGUGUUCGAUGAAAUGUCUGAAAGAGAUGUGGUUGCUUGUAAUGUUAUGAUUUCGGUGCUUGGGAAGCAUGGGUUUGUUGAGGACGCAAGGGUGUUGUUUGAUGGUAUGUUGGAAAAGGAUUCGUAUACUUGGAAUUCGAUGGUGUCUUGUUAUUUUAAGGUUGGGGAUGUCGAGUCUGCGAGGUUUGUUUUUGAUAGAAAUCCGGUAAAAAAUGAGGUAUCUUGGAACGUGCUGAUUGAUGGGUAUAGUAAAUCGGGUGGUUAUUUUGGUAAUCCGGAUAACUUGGGUGAUAUAGUAACUCUCUAUAGCGAAAUGUUGGUUAGUAAUGUGAGUCCGAGUCAAAGUGCAUUGUCGUUGAUUAUUCAGUUUUGUGCCAGUUUUUGUGCCGUACAACUUGGGAAAGCACUUCAUUGCCAGAUACUCAAGUGGAAUUUUAAUCAUGAUGUGGUUUUACAAACAGGGUUGCUUGACUUUUACGCAAAGGUUGACGAUUUAAGUUCCGCAAAGAGAGUGUUCGAUGAAAUGCCCCAGAGAGACGUUGUGGCAAAUAAUGCGAUGAUUUCAGCACUUAGUAAACACGGGUUUGUAGAAGAUGCACAAAAUCUGUUCAACAGUAUGCAGGAAAAGACUUCGGUUACUUUUAAUUCGAUGAUCACUUGCUAUUCCAAGAUAGGUGACAUCCACUCAGCACGGUUCAUCUUUGAUUCCAACCCCGCCAAAGAUGUGGUCUCGUGGAACGCAAUGAUAGAUUGUUACUGUAAAGCUGGCCUUCUUAGUUACGCCGAAGAAUUGUUUAAUGGAAUCGGUGAAGUAAAAAAUUCUGUCACGUGGAACACUAUGAUUACCGGAUUUGUUCAGUGCAAAGAGUUCCAAAGAGCGUUGCAGUUAUUCGAGCACAUGCAAGCAGAGAGGGUGAAACCGACUGAGGUCACCAUGGUUAGUUUAUUAUCCGCAUGUGCUCAUCUUGGAGCCUUAGAAAUGGGUGAAUGGGUUCGUGACUACAUAAAACGGAAUAAACUUAAAAUCGACGUUGUUUUAGGAAACGCGCUUAUUGACAUGUAUUGCAAAUGUGGAAGUAUAUCACACGCUCUAGACGUUUUCGACAAACUUGGUGUGAAAAACAUUUUCUGUUGGAAUUCCAUCAUCAUAGGAUUAGCAAUGCAUGGUUAUGGUAAAGAAGCGAUCGAUUAUUUUUAUAAAAUGAUUCAAGAAGAUAUAAUAAAUCCAGAUGGAGUUACUUUCGUCGGUCUUUUAUGCGCUUGCAGCCACUCGGGGUUAAUCUCCCAAGGUAAAAUGUAUUUUUCUCAAAUGCAAAGCGUUUAUGGUGUUGAACCAGGGAUCGAACACUACGGGUGUAUGGUUGACCUUUUGGGUCGGUCGGGUCAACUUAAAGAAGCACUAGAACUCAUAACUAGCAUGCCAUUAAAGCCGAACGCAAUAGUAUGGGGAAGUUUGCUUCGAUCGUGUCAUAUACAUAAAGAUACCGAACUUGGAGAGCAAGUUACUCAACGGUUACUAGAACUGGACCCACGUGAUGGUGGGAAUUACGUGUUUUUGUCAAAUCUAUACGCGUCAUUGAGUCGAUGGAAGGAUGUAGACAGAUGUCGGAAGUUAAUGGCAGAAAGCGGGGUCCACAAGGUACCCGGGUGUAGUUCAAUUGAGGUGGACAAUGUAGUACAUGAGUUUGUCGCGGGAGAUAGUUCACAUCCUCAGUUUUCACAAAUAAACGCGUAUUUGGUUGAGAUUGGAAAGAGACUAAAAGAUGAAGGUGGUUAUGAGGCGGACACGGGUUCUGUGUUUCAUGAUAUAGAUGAGGAGGAAAAAGAAGGGGCGGUUAGUUAUCAUAGUGAGAGAAUCGCGGUUGCUUUUGGACUCAUGAGUAGCCCCCGUGUUGGGAAAGUAAUCCGAGUGGUUAAGAAUUUAAGAACGUGUGACGACUGUCAUACUGUUAUGAAGCUUAUAUCGAAGGUGUAUAAGAGGGAGAUCGUUAUGAGGGAUCGUAAUAGGUUUCAUCAUUUUAGCAAUGGGGUUUGUUCAUGUAAGGAUUUUUGGUGAUUGAUGUAUGUAUGUUUAUAACAUUUUAGUAACC